AAGGCGCCCCUACCUGUCACCCCUGGGACAGAAGCUGCUGGAAUCAUAUCUGCGACCGCCACCUUGGUUUCCAAGCUGCGAGUUCAUGAUCCGGCUGGCGUGAUCCUUCCUUGGACUACAGGCACCUGCGCAGAGGAGAUUUUGCUUCACGAACGUCAGUGUGUGAAACUACAAAGAGAUGCCAGUCGACAAGAUUUCAUUGACUUUGUAGCUCUCGGUAGUAACUAUCAGACCGCUUACUUUGCUCUGGUUCAUCGAGCACCCAUUUCAGACUGGCUCGCCCAGACCCUACUCAUAUUGGGAGCAGCCGGGGGUGCCGGUGUUGCCGCGCUCGACAUUGGAAAGGUCUUAGGCGCCAUUAUUCUGGCUUGUGCUAGUACGCAGAGUAAACGUGAUGUUUGCUAUUCUCGUGGUGCAGACAUUGCGAUAGACUAUUCUCGCAGGGGCUGGCAGUGA